AUGUCUGGCGCAGUGUCUCCUCUCUUUCUCCCCGUGGCUCCGCCAGCAGUAGUACACUCUACAGGCCCGCUGCGCGAAGGCCUUACACGGCUGUGUCUGCAGCAGCAGCAGCAGCAGCAGCAGCAGCAGCAGGAGCAGCAGCAGCAGCAGCAGCAGCAGCAGGAGCAGAAGAGGUGGGAAGGAGAGGAGGAGACGCUGCUGCUGCCGCUUGCUGAGCUGCAGAGUCUGUCUAGCGGGGACGAUGAAGCAGCAGCAGCAGCAGCAGCAGCAGCAGCAGCAGCAGCAGCAGCAGCAGCAGCAGCAACGGGAAUAUAA